AUGUAUGAGCAGAGUUACACCCCCGCCCCAAAGAACAGCAAAAGCCCUCUAUCUGUGCCCUGCAUCACUUGCAAUGAAACCUGGCCUGGCUUAUUUUCAGGAAUUGUAUUGGUGGCCAUAAACCCAUAUGAACAGUUACCCAUAUACGGAGAGGAGGUGAUAGACGCCUAUAGUGGGCAGGACAUGGCAGACAUGGAGCCCCAUAUAUUCUCUGUGGCUGAGGAGGCCUACCGCACCAUGACUAGGGAGGAAAAGAAUCAGUCCAUUAUCAUAAGUGGCGAAUCUGGCGCGGGGAAGACCGUCUCUGCCAAGUUCACCAUGCGCUACUUCGCUGUGGUGGGGGGCGCCUCUCAACAGACCAGCGUGGAGGAGCGAGUCCUGGCGUCCAACCCCAUUAUGGAGGCUAUCGGCAAUGCCAAAACAACACGGAAUGACAACAGCAGCCGGUUUGGGAAGUACAUCGAGAUCGGAUUUGGACGCAAGGGUGACAUCAUCGGAGCUAACAUGAGGACGUAUUUAUUGGAGAAAUCUCGAGUUGUUUUCCAGGCUCCUAUGGAGAGGAACUAUCACAUCUUCUACCAGCUGUGUGCCUCCAAAGACCUGCCUGAGAUGAAAGCACUCAAACUGGAGGCAGCUGAGUACUUCAGAUAUACCAACCAAGGGGAAGAGACCCAGAUUCCCGGCACAGAUGAUAUUGUUGAACUAGAGCGCACCCGUAAUGCCUUCACCAUACUGGGUGUGCAGUCAGACCAGCAAAUGGAAUUGUUCCGGAUACUAGCAGCCGUGUUGCACCUCGGAAACAUCAACAUUCAGGCCAGUGGCAGAGGAGGAGACCGGAGCUACAUUGAUACGGACGACCGCUCGCUGAGGCUGUUUGCCAAGCUGCUGGGAGUGGAGGGAGCGCAGAUGGCCCACUGGCUGUGCCACCGGCGGCUGGCGGUGGGCGGCGAGAUGCUGGUGAAGCCUAUGCCGGGCCAGCAGGCCGUGGGGGCGCGGGACGCUCUGGCCAAGCACAUCUACGGCCAGCUCUUCAGCUGGACCGUGCAGAGGCUCAACGCCGGCCUGCGCGCACAGAGGGAGCGGCCCAAGUCCUUCAUUGGAGUCCUGGACAUCUACGGAUUUGAAACAUUUGACAGGAACAGCUUUGAACAGUUCUGCAUUAAUUACGCCAAUGAGAAACUGCAGCAGCAGUUUAACAGACAUGUAUUCCACCUGGAGCAGGAGGAGUAUGUGAGAGAGGAGCUGCCCUGGAGCCGCAUCGAGUUCAGCGACAACCAGCCCUGCAUCGACCUGAUCGAGGGCUCGCUGGGCCUGCUGGACCUGCUGGAUGAAGAGUGCAGAAUGCCUAAGGGCUCAGACGAAAGCUGGGCGAGGAAGCUGUAUGACCAGCAUACCACCCGAAGUGCCCACUUCCGAAAGCCCCGCAUGUCAAACACGGCCUUCAUCAUUCUGCACUUUGCUGACACGGUUCAGUAUGAAUGUGAUGGGUUUUUAGGCAAGAACCGUGACACAGUAUUUGAAGAGCCCAUCAAUAUCAUGAGAGCAAGUCAGUCAGAGCUCGUUGCUGAGUUGUUCCAACAGGACUCACCAGGGGGCGCUGUGGCGCUGUCGGUGCCCAAUGGGAGCCUGCGCUCUGGCAAGAGAACUCACAGGGAACACAAGCUGACAGUGGGAUUUCAGUUCCGUCAGUCUCUCCAGCUUCUGAUGGACACUCUGAACAGCACCACCCCUCAUUAUGUCCGCUGUAUAAAACCCAACGACGUCAAACAGCCAUUUGUCUUUGACCCCAAGAGGGCGGUCCAACAGCUGCGAGCGUGUGGAGUUCUGGAGACCAUACGGAUCAGCGCCGCAGGAUACCCGUCAAGAUGGACCUAUGAGGAGUUUAUCAGUCGGUACCGGGUGCUGCUAUGGGGUUCUCUGAGUCCCGGGGAGGUCCGAGGCAGCUGUCAGCGGGCCCUGUCACAGCUCAUCCCAGACCCCGAGCAGUACUGCUGUGGCAAGACCAAGGUGUUCUUCCGAGCGGGCCAGGUGGCGGUGCUGGAGAAGCUGCGGGCCGAGAGGCUGCACGCCGCCGGGGUGAUCAUCCAGAGCUGGGUGCGGGGCUGGCUGGGACGCCGCCGCUUCCUACGCCUCCGCUGGGCCACGCUCACCCUGCAGAGAUACGCCCGCGGAGGCCUGGCCAGACGGCUGGCUCAAACUCUCCGUUACACGCGAGCGGCACUGCUCAUUCAGAAGACGUACCGUAUGGUGAUGGUGCGGCAGCUUUAUCUGAUGAUACGAGAGGCUACCAUCACCAUCCAGGCUUACACCAGGGGCACGCUGGUGCGCAAGAACUACAGAAAGCUGCUCGAGGAGCGUUCGGCGGUGUGUCUGCAGGCUGCCGUGCGUGGCUGGUUGCAGCGCCGGGCCUUUGGGCGCGUUCGGGCCGCCGUGGUGCUGCUGCAGUGUUGCGUGCGCAGGCGCCUGGCCCGCAGGGAGCUGCAGAAGCUGCGGGCGGAGGCACGCUCGGUGGAGAAGUUGGGCGAGCUCAACAAGGGCAUGGAGGUCAAGCUGAUGAUGCUGCAGCUCCGCGCCGACCACCAGGCCAGGGAGAGUGGCAGCCUGAGGGAGACUCUGCAGGCGGAGCGUGAGGCCCACUCCUCUGAGGUGGAGCAGCUCCGCUCCGCCCUGCACCUCCUGGAGACCACGCUGCAGGAGGAGCCCAAGAGGAGCCGCAAGAUCUCCGAGAGAGAGGAGGAGGAGAGGAGGAAGAUGGAGGAGAGAUCAGCCAACGAGGUCCUUCAACUCACACAGGAGCUAGAAGCUCUUAAGACGGAGAGAGACGGUCUGCUGAAGGACAAAGAGGAUCUCUCCGCACAUGUACUAGAGCAGGAGAAAGAGCAGGCAGACUGCAUGCAGAAGGCAGUGUGUGAGACAGUGGAGAGCGUUCAGGCGGAGCUGGAGGAGGAGCGUCGGCGCUACCAGGGCCUGCUGAGAGAGUUCACCCGUCUGGAGCAGAGAUACGACAACCUGAGAGACAUGAGCCUGCUCACGGAGCGCCCGCGGGAACACCGACGGACCGACUCGACUCAGAGCGUGGUGUCACUCCUGGAGCCCCUCUCCCCCGGGACCCCCUCCUUCACCGGCACCCCCUCCUUCCCGUCGCCCGAGGAGGUGCGCAGGGUGAGCGUCACCUCGCCCGCUUUCGAAAAGAGACCUUUCAGCCCCGACGGCCCCCUGAACGUGUUGAUGGAGGAGGUGGGGGUGGCGAAAGACGCUGCUGAUAAAAUGCAAGGCGAAGAUCUCAGGCAUGCCUAUGAUGCUGUACGUGUGGCCAACAAAUUCCUGGAGAACCAGCUGUUGACCCAGCACUGGCAGUGGGAGGAGGAGCUGGCUGCCCUGCGACUGCAGGUCGAGGGGUCAGAGAGGGUCCGAGUCCCGUCUGAGACCGCUACCAGUGCAGACCUGCAGGAGCUCUUGGAGCAGGUGGAGGUUAGAGAGCUGGAGUGCUGUCGUCUGAGGAAGGAGCUGACAGAUCUGAGGGGUGUGGCGUCUCUGAGGAGGAUUCUUGCUCUCACAGGCCCGGCUGCGAGCUCUUCAGCUCUCCAGGCCCCAGUCACCCCUCAGAGGAGAGGGGGAAGCGCUGCAGGCCUGCUGGAGUGCAGGAAGAAGGACGAGGCCAAGCUCAUCAAGAACCUCAUCACAGACGUGCGUGUGGACAGCGCCCUGUCCCUGCCGCUGGGCCUGGCUGCGCAGGUGCUGUUCCUGUGUGUGCAGCAGGCCGACUGCAGCGGGGACCAGACGCGGGCACGCUCCCUCUGUGCCGCCGCUGUCGCCGGCAUCAAGGCUGCGCUCAAGAAGCAUUGUACUGAUCUGGAUAUGACAGCACUGUGGCUGAAAAAUACCUGCUUACUCGCAGACCUUCUUAUACAGCAUUCAUCAAAGCAGGAUCCCGGCCCCUGUGAGGACCUCCUGCCUCUGGCGUUUGAUGUGAGCGAGACGAGUCGAGCGCUGAGCGACCUGCGCAUCAAGGCGUACCAGCAGCUGCUGGCCAUCACCGAGAGCCGGCUUCAGUCCAUUAUCGUCCCGGCCAUGCUGGAGAGUGAGACCAUCCCGGGGCUGUCCGGAUCAGCCAGUAAGCUGGCCAGCUCCCGUAAGCGGGCCGGUUCUGACCCGCGGGCUCCGGGCUCGGAGGCCCCCACGAUGGUGCAGGUGCUGCGCGAGCUGGGCGCCCUGCACGCCGCCCUCACCCACCAGGAGCUGCCCCUGGCACUGCAGGAACAGGCCCUCCGCCAGCUCAGCCAUCUGCUGACCGCCAGCGCCCUCAACAGCCUGCUGCUGCGCAAGGACAUGUGCUGCUGGAACCGCGGCCUGCAGAUCAGGUACAACGUGAGCUUGCUGGAGGAGUGGCUGCGGAGCCGUGGGCUGCAGACAGGGGGCGCCGUGGCCACACUGGAGCCACUGAUCCAGGCUGCCCAGCUCUUGCAAAUGAGCAAGAAGUCAGAGUCCGACGCAGCGGCACUGGUCCAGACUUGCAAAGUGCUAUCGACUCAACAGAUUGUCAAGAUUUUAACCCUCUACAGCCCACAAAGUGAUGCAGAGGAGAGGGUCACACUUAAUUUCAUUCGUAUUGUACAGGGUCUGCUGAGGGAGCGUUCUGACGGCCAGCCCCCGCAGCUGCUGCUGGAUGUGCGCAGGGUCUUCCCUGUCACCUUCCCCCACCAGCCGCCCCCGCCCCAGCGCGCAGAGCAGCUGGCCAUCCCCGAGUCCCUCAAGAUCUCCUUCCUCCGCAAGGCCUGAGUUACGUCGUUAUAUCAGACAUUCCGUCUGACGACUAAACCCCCCCCCCCCCCGGACACACUGAUUUUAAGUGUCAGGGAGAUGGGCGUGGGCACGACGGAGGCGCUGUCUUUUUUGAAGAACAAACUGUGCCUUCAAUGUGGGACGUACAACAAAUCAAGAGGUUGGGGGUCGGGAGCGACUAUUUUUAUUGUCAAAGUACCACUGCAGUACAUCAUUUUUGUUUUCCUUUGAUGUUAUAAGCAGUGUCCAAAAUAUUUGGAUUUUUUGCCAUUACCAUAGACAUUUUUUGUGUUGGCCACUAAUUUUAACAAUAAUCUACCAUCUCCUCAACUACUACCAA